AUGCAUGCAUGUAUACAGGGCUUACUGCGAAUGAACACCCAGAGGAAGCCUGGAGACUGGAACUGCAACUCGUGCCAGCACCUCAACUUCAGCCGCCGUGACUUCUGUCAGCGCUGCCGUGCCACGCGCUCGGAUCUGCAGCUCGGAGACGGACGCUGUAUAGGUGGUGUGCUGACCUCCCUGGACGUUCGCCCAGGUGACUGGUACUGCAAUUGCGGCUACCACAACUUCGCCAGCCGCUCCAGCUGCCUCAAGUGUGGCACCAUCGUGAGGGACUUCCCCGCAGGCCAGGGUGGCACUGGCGCUGCUGAGAGCGGUGGAGUUCGUGCUGGGUGGAAAACUGGUGACUGGAUAUGCACAAGGCCUGGCUGUAAUGUGCACAACUUUGCAAGCAGAAUUGAGUGCUAUCAUUGCAAUGCACCUAGGGAAGCAGGCACUGGGAGGUAA